AUGUUACAAGAUCCUCCGGGCAGUGCUAACUAUCAUCAUCGCAAAAGAUCUUUCGACCUGGCCAACGGUUGCCCUCCACCACGACCCUCUACCCGACAUGGUUCGAUUUCUUCAGUCUCGCCCAUAGACUAUCUAACCCCCGACCCCUCCACAACAUCCGCGAAGAAACGACGACCGCCGUUGCCACGAUCUUCGAAUAUGCCCAUCGGAGUUGGCUCGAUCAUGUCCACGCCUUUCCCAUCGUUCAUGACAGUGGUUGGGGAAACAGGCACAAGCAUAUCAAAGGAUAUGGACGAGUUGCCUUUACCAGAUUCAAUACAAAGCGAGACCCAAAUACUCAUCACCGACGCGAAACCUCAUUCUACGUCUCUUCAGCCCACACGUUCACACCGCGAUAGUGUUACCUCCAUGACAACGACGUCCACAGAAUCCUCACCCACCACCACGAAUUCCACCUUUGACUCUCCCUUGCUGACGGAUUCGUCACCUUCUUCGUCGCCAGAGUCAGCAACUUCCAUGCCUCCCGUAUCACCAUUCGGAAAUAUAAUGGCAAGACCUCUACCAGAACAGCACUACGACCACCCUCAGGCGCAGAAACAACCUGCCAAUAUAAUGUCGACUGCCCCGUCAAUACCGCCGUCCACGCUCAUAGACAGCUCGAAGAACGUCAAGAAUUUGUCGCUGAAUAUGAACGCAGUAUCUCUGCCUCGACCUGCAACAGCACCUGGCAUGGAAACUUCCCACGCCUUUUCCGCGCCUACCUCGCCGUUGAAAGAUACACCUAGAACGGGGCGUAAAAAGCCUACGAACCUGACCAUCAGAACCCCUGGUUUUCAGCAACUUGCAUUCUCACGGGCACUGGAUGUCCCACCAACGCCAAGUUCAAGGCCAUCUCUACAUCACAUGCAAUCAACACCUUCACUAGCUACGCUUGCCUCCCCGAACAAGACCUCCUCCCAAGGACUUUCUCUGCACUUGCCAACAGGUGGUUCUGUCUAUUCUGUUUCUGGCUCUGAUUCAAGCAAUUCUGCUCUUUCUGGGACGAACGCCCUCCCUGACUUGAAGGAGGAAGAUGAGUUUCACCCUCAGAGAUCACAGGAAACUCAAGAAAAGGGAUAUCCAAAUGGACCAGUGCGCAUCUAUGAUAGUGGUGUGUAUCUGUACCUCGAGCCCACGGCGGAAGAGGCAAGCAAUUUCGAUACAGUCAUCAACGUGGCGAAGGAGAUCAAAAAUCCAUUCGAAGUGGAGGCUCCAGCCCGUACGAUGUCUGAACCUCAGACAGCUAUCUCAGAAAUGUCAUUCAAAUCAGCCUGGGAGUGGCCACAGACAAGUGGGUCGCAAACGCCCACCACACCGAGACCGAUUUCAUUCUUGCAGAAGAAGCAACCUGAAUAUUUGCAUGUGCCCUGGGAUCAUAAUUCUGAGAUAUUGGAGGACCUGUACACUUUGUGCCGAAUCAUCGACGAGCGUGUGCAGGCUGGCAAAAAGGUCCUGGUUCAUUGUCAAUUGGGUGUAUCUCGGUCGGCUUCGCUGGUGAUUGCUUAUGGUCUCUACAAAGGAUACCAGCCGGAUUUCCAUUCGAUGUAUAUGUCCGUGAAAGAACGAAGUCAAUGGGUUGGGCCGAACAUGAGCUUGAUCUAUCAACUGGCAGACUUUCGAUCGAAAGUGGCCAAAGGGAUUUAUGGCGACCACACCUUCAACCCCCAGCCAAAUUGGUGGAAACUCCACGAGUCAUCCUCACCGGUUAUGGAUACACCUGUUGCAAAGAGACCAGCACAGGAGCUACCUGCGCGUCCGUGGGAGAAGCCAACCGCAGGCCCAGCCACGACCAAGCCGGCGGACGAUGCUCCAGCUCCGACCAGAUCUUCUUUACGAUUGAACAAAGCACUUCCACCGGUCCCUCUCUUUCCCAAGAAUGACCCAAUGGAUAACAUCGAAACACCCAUAAAGUUGAGUCAGAUACUGGGCAAGAUAGCCACACCUCCGAAACCGGAAGCUCCGACCCUGGCAGCCACCAAUCCAGAAUUACGCAGUCUUUCUCCAAGCGAGUCGCCGAGGCCUCUACCAUUCAGAGAACGAUUCGAUGACACAACGUCGGGUCCGUCCUCGCCAGAACCUAGCAAGACUCCCAGACUAGGUUUGAUCACAGGCUCGCCGAUGAUGGACCUUGCUGCGCAAGAUGUCCCAGAAACCCCAUCUCUCUUUUCACCGCGAGCAACAGAAUUUAUGGCUUCACCAUUUGGGAUUACGACAGCAGGAGACCUGGCUGUGUCUAACAAGACACCCAAGCCGGCGAGGACGAUGGGUCUGCUACUCCCGCACCACGUUUUCGGAUCUUCCACCGAAUCAGCAGGCGACCAGAUUCCCACAGCGUUCGAUCCGAGAAGUCCGCACCAACAAGGCGAAGCCCCCGAAAUAUUGAGAAACAUUGAUGAUUUUUUAUAA